UGGGCGGGACUUCCGCUUGCUUACACUCAAGGAGGGUGGCUUGUGUGUUUGGAGGGAAAUUUAAUAAAUAUAGUGUACUGCCCCUGGAUAAUAACAUACAACACGGAUAAACAAAUACACUCUGGAAACUAUGGAUUACAAAAAUUGACUUAUUGCUGUAUAUAAAGUAGUAGUUGUGUCCAUGAGGGCUCCGUAAAGGUUUCUAUAACUUCCUCGUCGUUCUUAGCUUAGCUUAGCUUGUUAGCCACGAUUAAAAGUUUUGUCGUCUAUCCGAACGGUGAUGGGCUGACUCAGAGGAUGCUGCUUAUCUGCUGUGGAUAAUAUAUAACAGCAUUACAUUUGAUGAUGGAUCGAAAAACGAGGAGACUCGAAAGUCAACUUUGCAAAGCCGUGAAGGAUGGAGAACCCAGGUGAUGUUAUUUUCUUUGUCAUGUCCAGACAUGUCCUGAUGUUGACAUGAUGCUGCAGCUCCGAGGGUCGAGGUUACUUUGAUAAAAGAUAAUUCCCCAGGUCUUAUUGUGGGAGUAAAUUGGAUACAAUCGAUAAAUAUUGAUUAGUUUGUAUUAGGCAAGCACACUCAGGUUAAAAUAAAGCAGGUUUAAAGCUCCUGUGAGGGUCUAUCAGUUUGUUUUGAUUUUGGUACAUACAGCCAAGCUUAGGUACCUCUGCUCAAAGUUGGCUGUGAUAGUAGUAUUAAAAUGUGCUUCUCAGAAAAUGAAUUCCGCCUGUAUUCUUGUGUGAUCCAUCCUCUGUUAGAUGGGUGUUUUUGGUGCAUAACUAUUCACCACUAAACCUCUGAGAGACCCUCAAAGUGAGCAUGUUCCCAAACAGACUCCACGAUAAGCAUGUGUAUCUAUAUGAAAAGAUAUAACACAAGGAGACUACAGUGUUGUCCUAAAUACCACAGUGUGCCAGAUUGUAACAGAUGUUCCUAAUUUUGUAGAUCUGUGCAGCUACUCCUGUCAGAAGGUGCAUGCCCUCACCUGGUUGGUAGUAAAGGAGUUGCAGCAAUACACCUAGCUGUUGGAAAAGAGACGGAGAGGAACACACGCUGCUUAAAAAUGUUGCUGCAACAUGGAGCAGACCCUAAUGUCAGGUAAAGCGAAACACUCCUUAGAACCUUUUAUAGGGAUAUUCCGGCAUAAAAUUAAUUUAGGGUCAAACACGCCAUAACAUUGAGUUAGACGCCCCCUCGAGAGAUGAAUGUUGCCGACUGCUCGCUUCUUUAGUUAUACCAGCUUUAGUAACGACCGCACAAUAGCAAUACACAGCGGUCUGAGGAGCCACAAACUAACCUCAACCAAAACGCCACUCUAUAGCCAUAAAUAAUGCUCAGAACAGCACCUAACUUUAUCAACAGUACAUAUAGGGUCCCAGCCACUAAACAUGUUUUUAACUUUGCCUGAUUUCUUUAGCAAAGAGACUAAACACAACUGCCCUACUGCUGAUAUUAAAUUUUCUAGUGCAGCAAGUUCAUAGUAGCUGUUUCUUUGGCAAUCUGCUGAGAUAUUUUGUCUCUUAAAAGCCUACCAGAGAGAUAUGAGACUGUCAGAGGAAAAAGCAUGGUGACAAUGAUUUAUUGUGUAUAUGAAGAAAAAAAAUGUGUCUUUUGUUUUUCCUUCUAGGUCAUCAGAGGGUCUGACCCCUCUUCAUAUUGCUGCACUGUGGGGCUGUUAUCAAAAUCUGAAGCUGCUUUUGAUGAAUGGAGGGAACCCAAACAGUAAAGAUAAUGUAAGAAUCACAUUAUUAUUGCCAGAAAGGUGCAUCAAUCAGGUUGCACACUGUGAAACUAAUGAAAAUCAGAGUGUCAUUGAAAGUACAUGCACACUUGCAAAUAGACAAUUUACAGAGUAAUUUGCAUAAAUACUAAGUUGGAGUAUUUGUUGAAAAUUGAAGCAACCUUUGCACAGUAACAAAAUAUUUACUGAAUGUGACUUUGAAUAUUUGAUCAACAUGUUAUCUUCUUAUGUACUGCAGGAAGGGAACACACCAAGGCAGCUUGCAGAGCAGCAAGAGAACCGAAAAUGUGCUCAGCUUCUUAAGGACUACCAGACCAGCUCAGUGGACACAGAGGAUGAUGAGUUGCCUCAGUUUCACUACUGUAAGAAAGUCUAUUUGGUGACUUUGUUUGUUUUGGGAUAAAGAGAAGAACUCAAUAUUACUGAAAUUUCUCUGAUUAAGUUUGUCCAGUUUUGUCCACAUCCAUGGGCACUCUGUGGUCCACUUAGUUAAGCAGGUAUUUGUAAUGCUGGCAGCAACUUGUACUUUUUAAAGUCAUGUGUCACAGAGACACAGACUCUGCAUGCACAGUUCUCUGUCAUUUCAAUUGAGGAGCUGCAUUAAAGUGGUUUUGUUUGUAAUCAGUGAAACAGUACAUCAUCUGCCAAGUUGUCUGGCAGUAGAUAAUGACCAGAUCAAAGGAGUUGCAGCCAGAUCUUCUCUGAAAUGUUUUUAAACUCGUGGUCAUGGUUUGUUUUCUGCUCUUCACAGCUGUGUAUUCAGACCAAACGGACUUGUCCAGCUACCCUGAAUCAGACUACAGCUUCACUUCCCACUCUUCCAUGAUAAGCGACUUUGGUGAAGCCCCAUUAAGCAGUACCAGGCGCUCAUCGUUUUUCAACAUGUCUCACAUUGACGGGAGGCCGGGUUGCAGAGGAAUAUCAUACAACAGACUCUCUGAUAUGGACUCUCAUAGGCAACAGAGCAAGGGAUGGAACAAUUCCUCCUCACGUUGGGUAUCUGAAGGUCCUUCGAUACUGUCCAGCACUCGCAUGUCUGCAGCGGGACCUGCAGUCGUCAUGCCGAUCCUAAAGGAGGAUGAUAUUUUUAGUUAUGAUGGUGAGUUGACAUCAGAAGCAAAUGAACAUGCUGCUACAGGAGAAAACAGAAUCUCCCCCUCCAGAAGAGACACUCUUCCAGCAUUUCCCACAAGGCGAGUGAGCCGCAAAAGUGUGAGCUUUAGAGACGUGGAUGAAUAUUUCCCAGUUUUCAGCCCUGAAUCUCCCAAACAGCAACCUGCUGUUGGUGGCAGCCAGUGCACCAGGGACUUAUCUUUUGACCUGUCUGAAUACUCUGAUUUCUUAGAUUCAGAGCGCAUGGCCACUGUUUUACAGAAGCAGGGUAUCGACGUAACAUCCCCAGAUCACGUCUAUGUGUUCUGCCGGGACAGCAGUGAGAGCACUGAGGAGGAUAUGGAGAAAACGGUCAUCAGUCACUGUGCUUUGGAAGAAAGUGAUGAUGAUGAGCAGGAGGGUGAACAUGUAAAAGAAGCUCAGGUAGAAAUACCAGAACAGCCUGUUUGUGAUCGUGUCGGCAGCAGCAGUGGGAGUAGCCAUUACAGCAGCUGUGAGAGUGACCACUACACCAGUGCUUUGGAGGCUUCUCUACACCCCAGACACACUUUAACCCCUGUGGUAGAGGAUAUUCCUGUCGGUGCUGAGUCCGACAAAAAGAGUCAGAAUUCUGCAGACUGUUGUGUUAAAAGUGAAAGUGGGAGUUACCCAUCUGUUCAAACAGAAUCCCACACAGAAACAGAACCAGAGACUACAAGGCAUGUAUCAGGUUUUCAGGGGAGAGUAGAUCCAUCAGAGUCUGAACACCAAACUAAAGAUGUAACUGAAACGUGUGGUGUUCCUGUCGUAGAUGCCACAAAUGAAGGUGGUGUCAUGCUGCAGGAAGACUGUGAUCUACCAUUCACUCCAAGUCCUUUUGUAACGGGCAGGACUCGCUCCAGGUUGAGUCGCUGCUCACUGAGAACAAGCAGAACCCCAGAGACUCUCCUCUCUGAGUCAACUCUGUUUGAAGAAAUCCUCCCCACGCCGGUUCGAACACGCCGCCAGACGCCCAGAUCUCAGAGCAGUAAUGACUUUUACCGUUCACCUUGUACACCUUGUACACCUUGUUAUACGCCGUCCUACCCAGGGAGUAGUACAGGAGGAGACCCUUUGCUUGCGAAUUCCCAGGACACACAGUCAAGCACCCUUAGAGCUGAUUCAAGUGUUAGCAUUAGCCUAGCUGACACUCUUAUCCUCCCCAAGAGCGUCACGGACUCGCAGACUUUAUCAGACACAUUUGUACUGGAGAAAGGCCAGGACACUUCAACAGAUGCUUAUGAAAGAAACCUCGCUGAGAUCAUCCUCGCUAUGAAGGGCCAGGAUCUUGGAGGAGGUGAAGACUUCCUGACAGAUGACUUGACGAGUACAGAUGAGGCAACAACAAAUAAAAACGCAAACGAAGAGCCUGAGGACAGAAACAGCCCAAAAGCUGAUGACGCCUGGAUCACAGAGGACUGCAGUUCCCAACCCGACUCUGUGUCAUCCUCCUCCAGCUCCAGCUACUUUUCCCCAAGGAGAUCCAGGGAAGACUCUGACGUAUCUUGCACUCCAGGCACCGGGUGCACUCCAAGGUACAGCAUGAGUCGGCUGUCAACCUGCCGCAGGCCGCAGCACCUAGCCAACUUGUCGUACACCCCCGGGGGGCGACCGCUCAUUCAGGAUCUGGAUGAACCAGUGGAGUACCUCUACACUGAUACAGAACAGGGCCACAAGUUGAUCGAGAUCCACGUCCCGCCUACAGCAAACACCUCCCUCAGCUCCAGCAUGAGCACCACCAGCAGCAGCAGCGAGGAGACGAUCAUUUAUGACUGGCGCUCCAUGCAUACAGACAUGAUGAAGAGCAGAGGGAAGGAGAACCAGGAGCCAGAGACGGUGGUGCCAAAGAAGGAAAAUUUGGCGAAUGAUGGUGGAAGUCUUUUGGCAGCGACCAAAGGGAUUACUGAUAGGGAGCUGAGGCUAAGGCUGGUGGAGCUAGGGGAGAGUCCAGGCCCCAUCAGCAGCCGAACCAGGCCCACCUACAUGAGGAGACUGUGCCGCCUGAUGGAGGAGUCCAACUCCCAAUCCCCCCAUCACAAAAAGCAUUCAGACCAAACACAUACAGGUACGCACUCUUUCAAGGAGUAUUAUGGAGGUACUUUAAUAACCAGUAGACAGUGAGUAUUAUAUAUUUAGAUGUAGAUCAUGUUCUUAUGGACUCGUGUGUGUGCAGAUUAAGAUGAUGAUGAUGAUGAACUUCAAUUUUGAUUGUGGGAGUUUUGGGGGUGAGAUUGGGAACCAGAAGAUCAAUUUAAAAGUUUUUUUAAGAUAAUUAUCCAACAUAAUAUUUUAAUUUAUAUUGCUUCAAAGUAGUAAUAAAGUUGUGGCUUCACUUGACUGUUAAAUCAGUCCUAUAAUGAAGCUUGAAAAUGGAAAAUGAAACUCAUUAUUUAUGAGGAAGCUCCACUUUCAUUAUUGUGGGUGGAUUGAAUUAUAACCACUGAACAACUGAAGCAUGUUGGUAUGAGUUUAUCACGAUUUACACCAACACUGACUCUUUUCUGUGUCCGCUUCUGUUCUUUCUAUAGAUUCAGGUUACAGUCCUGAACUGUGUCGGGCUUUAAGGACCUUCGAGCUGCCUUGUUGCCAGGCUGAUGAGCAGGCUCUGUGCCAACAGUUUGACCAACCAGAUCAAAACAGAAAGUGGAGGGAAGGCAUCAUCAAGUCUAGUUUUAACUACCUGCUCCUCGAUCCAAGGUUUGCUUUCACCUACAUUAAAGGGAUAUUCUGGUGUAAAAUUAAUUAAGGGUCAAACUCACUGUAACACUGAGUUAGACACCCCCUCGAGAAAUGAAUGUUGCCGACCGCUUGCUUCUCUAGUUAUACCAACUUUAGUCACGAUUGCACGAUAGCAUGAUGAUAGCAAGAUGUUUGGUGGCUAGUGCUGUGGCUGGGACCCUAUAUGUACUGUUGAUGAAGUUAGGUGCUGUUCUGAGCAUUAUUUGUGGCUAUAGAGUGGCGUUUUGGUUAAGGUUUGUCUAUGGCUCCUCAGACUGCUGUGUACUGCUAUUGUUCGGUCGUUACUAAAGUUGGUAUAACUAGAGAAGCAAGCGGUCGGCAACAUUCAUCUCUCAAGGGGGUGUCUAACUCGGUGUUAUGGUGUGUUUGACCCUUAAUAAAUUUUUCGCUGGAAUAUCCCUUUAAUUCAUAGUUUGUUUCUUUUUCCUGCUUAUAUUCCUUUUAUAUUUAAUCUUGUAGUAUUAUUCAGAACUUUAACCUAACCUAUAAUAAAGGCAUCUAUAUAAAUAAAUGGACUCAUUAAGAAAUUAUCAAUGUGGCACUGACCUGCAACUUCUUAAAUUUGACUUGAUAAACAGAAAAAGUUGAACCCUCUCCUCACUUUUACUCCUCCAGAGUGACAAAGAACCUCCCAUUCCGCAGUCACACCAUGACACCACACGAGUGCUUCCAGACAUUUAUCCACGCUAUAUUUUACGUGGGCAAAGGAAAACGCUCUCGCCCGUACAGCCACUUGUACGAGGCUUUAGAGUACUUCAGAGGAGACAAGACCGCCAAGGUAAAGCCGAACACACACACCUGUCCUAUGAAACUAAUGUGAUCUGAAUGAGGAGUUAACUUUUGUGAAAUCAUUCCUGUUUGACAGAAACUGUGCCCCAAAGUGCAGCACAUCCUUCAGGUGUGGAACGCCGAGCAGGGCGUCAUCUCUCUGCACUGUUUCCAGAACGUCAUCCCUGUGGAGGCGUACACAAGAGAGGCCUGCAUGGUGGAGGCCGUCGGUAAGUAGAAAGGGGUAAAACUUAUCACGAGUUAUCUCUAUGAGGUGAGAAAUGAUCCUCUGGAGACUUCCUGUUUGCAUUUUAUGAAAAUAUUUAGCCAUUCUUAUGAGAAUCAUCAGAUAAUUCCUAGUUCUAAAAAAAAAACAUGUCAGUAACCUCAUUCAUUGUUUCUUGUUUAAGGGUUGAAGAUGCUGACGAAUCAGAAGCGAGGGGAUUUUUAUGGUGUCGUGUCAAACUGGCAGGGGAAGAGGAAAAGAGAGCUGGGUGUCCACCUGCUCUAUAGAGCCAUGCAGAUCUUUCUGGCUGAGGGUGAGAGACAGCUGAGACCAGCUGACAUAAGACAGUAGUGACCCCUACUGGUGGGUUUAUGAACAGCAGCCAAAGCACUUAAAGGAAUACCACUGUAAAACUGCGUGUGGCAAGUUUCUCUUGAAAAAUGCUGCACACAAAUGUCAGGGGGGCUUUAAAGCCUUAAGAGUCUAUCCAAAGGUUUUAUCCUUUAGCUGUUAAACUCUGACCCCUCCAUCUUUCAGACAUACACAUUUUAUCAGUUAAACCCAGACCCAACAAAUCAUGUACUAUUAGUCCAGAUUUAAUGCAAACACAAGCAAAAAUACACAUCAGCAAUGUUAUUGUUUACCAGCAGGUUUUUCAAAAGUCAUGACGAAUUUCUUCUCCACUGCUUUACUAAAUACACAUUGUCAAGUAAUCUAAAAACCCCUUUUUAAAAUGCAUUUAAGUAUGAUUAAAUAAGCUAUUGUCCUGUUUAACAUAAUUUGGUGUUAUGAAACAUUUCCCAUUUGUUGCUGGAAGGUUAGGGAUUUCAAGAGCAGCAUGUUAGCUAUUUUUGUACUGUGUAAAAUAUUUAACCACUAGCAAAAGUCGUGAUUACUGUUCUAGAUAAGCCAGCAAUCCAGUCUUAAAAUGUAAAAACUAGCAUAUGUAAAAGUGAAAAUAAUUUGUUUACAUGAUUGGAUUCAAAUAAGUAAGCUGUUUGUUGCAUUAAAGAGAAGCUGUUUACAACUGAACAUCUAUUAGUGAUAGCUGUGGAUAUGUAGAGUGUGUGUUUUUUGAGCAUUAGGAUGUCUUCACUUAUAACUUCAAGAUCAGUUUAUUUCCAUGUUUGACAAAAAAAAUAGAAAAAAUGUAGUUACAGCUUUUUUUUUUUUUUGGUGUUAUAAACUCCUUCAUUUGUUUAACCAGCAAAAUCAGUGACAUUGAGAUGCUUUAAGGUCAGAAAUAUCUCAUUUUUUUGUCAGAAAUCUUUACAUUAAUGAUCAGGGGAGUGUGCUUAAGCACAAUUUACCGCAUCCUCAGGGUGACACAUGAUUAAUAUUCUAAAAGCUGCAAAUUUUCUUCAUGUCUCAUAAGAAGCAUUAAUACAGACAACUGGAAGCAUACUGUAUUUUAGAUUUAUAAGUAUUAAUAUUACAAAUACAAACUAUGUAAGGUCGUUAAACAGGUAAAACAAAAACUCCUUAAACAGGUUUUUGUUUUUUCAGAAAUAUCAGGAAAAAAGUCAGGGUUUUAAUUUUCAGGUUAUCAUUGUACCCAAAAUAAAAAACAAUCAUUGUGCUUUAAAAGAUGUUUUUUUUUUUGUGCAUGAUCAUUAACAUUUAACAAAAUGUUUAAUGACUGUUCAAUGAUUUUUCUUUUUUUACUGUGAUCACAUGUGUUUUCUGUUCUUGCCCUUUUAUUUGACUUUCAUGCAAAUGUAGUAAAAAAAAAAAAAGACAAAUCUGAAUUGUGUGACUCCAGUCUUUUUUCCCUGGUAUUUGAUGCCCCUCUGGUGGACAGAGGAAGUCAUAAUUAAUGUACUUGAGUCUUUACUUAAUCUCGGGUUUUCAUUCUCUCAUUACAUUAGCAUUUGGAAUUAAUAUUACAAAAAGCCAUUUGAUAGAGGGCUGUGUAAUGUGUUUAACACCCCUAAUUUAAAAGACAUUUGAAAACUCAGUGUAGUUUUUCUAACAUUUAAUUUGUUUUUAAUAUCUGUAAAAAAACUGAUUAUAACAUUUGUAAAAUCCCACAGUUAGCGGACGAAUUUAUCAGCUUUCCAUGUCUGAAGUUUGAAUGUGCUGUGAGGCUCGUUUUGCAGAAGAGUUGACUUCUUCUCUAGUUAAAUGGCGCACGUCUAAUUCAGGAACAAUGGUCUUCAAUUACUGUUAUCAUGACUCAUUUAGUUCCACAGAUCUACUGCGUCAGUGGUAAGCUGAUGGUUCUUUCUUCACUGGUAUCAUUGUGGUUUAUAAAAUUAAAGUAUGAACCUCCUCCUGAUCCGAGACCAUCUGAUUCCAGUAUAUGCACACAUGCAGCCAUUUCACAAUUUUGACUCAAGGCAAAAAAUACUGUAUAUAUAUAUAUUUGUCCUACCACAGAGUAUGUCUUAGAAAUAUAUUUCAGGACUACAGUGAAAGGUUGAACUGUGUGUUGCAUAAAUGAAACUAGACAGGGGGGUUUCCAGUAACUCCAGCACUGUUUUCACAUCUGCUGGUCAAACAGUUCUGUGAAAAAUCAACACUUUACACAGUUGGUUAAAAUUACUGUGCGAGUACUUUUCUAACUAAACAGAACAGCAGAGAUUUAGCAGACUGAAUCUUUGCAAGUAGAAAACAAUUUAUGAAGUUUUCUGUUAUUUACAGAUUUAAAAAAAAGGUCGCACAAGCAAAAAUCAAAAAGGCGCAAACCUGUUUUUGUGGGUGUCAAGACACCUAUCAGGGUGUCACAUCAUAGAGACACAUUUCUCAGAAUGUAAAGGCUAAAUGAAGAAGCGGACUUAUUUCAUGUCAUUUUUAUUUUUAUUACACCCUCAUGUUUUAGUUUUAUGAGAACAAAAUAAAAUGUAACUUUUAAUCCUGGAUGAAAAGUUCUUGUCAAAACAGCUGUGCAGUUAAUAUUAAAGUAGAAGAGGCAUCAAAUAGAAAAUGUGACAAGUUUCAAUAGUCUCAGUGCUUCUGAACCACAGUAGUCAUUAGUUAUAUAUUAAGAGAAAAAUCUGUUUAUUUCAAUGUUAUCCUCUUUCCAGUGGUUCCUAUGACAUAAAACUAUCAAUGUAGCACACACCCACUGUCUGCUACUUGCUAGCAUGAUUAAAUUUAGCUGUUGUUUUCUAUGAAGUACAUUAAAAUAUUCAAGAUAAUUAUAUUUUUCUUGUUAUCCUUUGACAGGGCUUUGUAAAAUUUUUAGUUUUUACAUGUUUUGCAACCAUAAAGAGAAAACAGCGGUACAAAAAAAGUCAAACUCAUCACUUAAAACUGGAGAUUUAUUUAAUAAUUUUCAAUACAUCAAAUGUCAUGCAACAACAACAACUAAUAAUACACAGUAAAGUACCAUAACCUAAUUUUUCCUCUCAAGUUUGGAGAUAAAGAAAUAUAAAGAUGAAUGAGUGUGAAAAAUUAAACUGACUGUUUCAAUUGUAUCUCAAGGAUUUAAAAAAGUUAAAAUUUUAAUGUUAACUGAAAUAAAAAUGACUCAGUUGGACUUUGAAUCGGCACUUAUAUAACUAUGAAUUCUGAUGACUCAUCUUUUUACUUAAAAGGUCACUUGAAAUACAUCUGCUUAUUUAAAAAUGUCCUUUUCCCCUCUUUAUACCUUAUUUGAUAUUCGAGAAUGAAAUAUUUAUCAGACUCCAGAUGCAAAGAACGCCAUAUAUUCUGUUUAUAUUCCUUUAAAGGUCAUUUUGUUUUAAACAUCUCUUACAUCUUUCUACUUCUUCUGUUGCUGCUGGGACUCUCCACCCAGCAUGCGUGAUCAAGAUGCAAUCUGACCCGUCUGUCAUUUCACCCCGCCUGUGUGUUCCUGUUGUGGGAAGGGGGUGAAGGCACAGGACAGGCUGAGAAGUACAUAACGCCAUCAUCAGCAUAUCGUGACAAUAUCCUUUUUGACAUCGUGAUGAAAUCUGGGACACAGUUGCAUUCAUCGUUCAGUGAGCUCUUCCACACAGUUAAACCCACCGACAGCAAUGAAUGUUGAUUGUGACCUUUGCUGUGGUUUGGAUAGAGAUGAAGAAUUUGUUUGUUUGUUUGUGGAGGAUGGAUGGUGUGCUCUUCAUGCAGCUGUCUGAGGAGUCGCAGGUGCUUGCCUGUGCUUUAUCUCUUUUUCCUUCUGAUCUUUUUCGACUCUGACCGACAAAGACUGGCCACAGGGUACAAUCAACGGUCGAUGGUUUUUUCAAUUUAGCACAAACUCACCGACAGCGUUGAAUGUUCACUGGGGCAAGCUGAGGCCUGAUGGUGAGCGGGGGUGACAGGCUGCUUAGAGAUGCAGAGGGAGCAGGUUUUAUGGUGGAGAGAGAGGUGUCUUACUCUGACUUUUUCUAACAGAUAAAAAACCCUUUAUAAUCUCUAAACCAUUAAGAGAAAAGCAGAGUUUUAACAAAAUAAGAAAAUGCACUCUUCUAUCCCAUCUGGGCUUAUCAGAUAACUACAAGUGUAUGCAUCCUCUAAUUUAACUUCUUCUUACUCUAUUUCUACACUCGUGAAAAUCUGAUUCUGCUUCUUUUCCACAAAUCUCAAGAAUAACACACAGAAAUAAACACAAGGGUUGAAAAAUUCCAUCGCUCUUGUAAAGAGCAGAAAAGCGGUAUUAACUUAAAUGAAAUGUGUCAUUACGGCACUUAAGACAAGUACAUAUGAGCACAUUUGACUCGGCUGUAAGUAGCAGUUAAAAGAGGGAAGUCAUCUUGAAACUCCUGACUCAUAGUGGGUUUUGGUACUCACAGCACCUGGGCGCAGGCUGCAGCUAGUCCUCAUACAGUCUUCUGCAUUGAGGCAAAGCCGAGCGUUCUCUAGAGAUGCAGCAGCAAGCCUCCAGGGCUUCGUGUAAGGUAAAAGAUGAGGGAGACACCCGGUAUGAAACUGUUGACUCACCCCGAUCAAUAGCAUGUGUCGUUUCACUAUGAUGUGGCUGAAAACUGAGGUUGUUUUCUUUGUUCCUGUGAAAAAAAAUCGUCCGCCAUCUUGCAAGACGGAUUUUAUUCACUGCUGAAUCAUUGUUGCUCAUCAUGAGGAGGAAAAGAAGUGCGGAGCGUCAGUAGUAAUUAGAUACGACUUGACAAUAAAACUGUGGCAGUGAGUCAAAAUGUGGUAGGAUGAUAAACAUGUGGCCAGGACUGUUUUACAGCAGGACACAGAGUGACUAAGAUGAUGUGGUAGGAAUCUCACAUCCUCAUAUCCCACCAAAUUCUGCUUUAACGCAGAAAACUGUUUUAAAAAUAACACACUACCUCUGUUAGCCUUUUUUUUUUAUAUUGAGCCAAAUGAAUCAGAAUUGUUAUUUGAAGAUUUUCAAGACUCAAAACUUCUCUAGAUGCCUGACAGCAAAGACUGUGAAGCCUUUCUCCUUUGCUUUAGAUCACAGGAGCCGCUUCUCCUUUUGUCAUUUCCUUGUAUUUCAGGUCUUCUGAAAGGCAUGUCAACUUGCAGGCAAAAGCAAAAAAUAAUCACGACUGAAAAUACCCCCUAUAAAAAAAAAAAACACAGUUUGCUAUCUGCAGAAGCGUCACCCUAGCUAGGACCAAAAAGCACAGUCCUUGCUGCAAGCGACACCGCUAACUCGGCCUCUCUGUCCGCUCUCCCAAACACUGAUUUGAGUGACAGCGUUGGAAUUGACAGAAGUGGAUGAGAAGGAAUGUUUGCUUUAUAAGGUCUUCUCUGGCCGCGGGACGAGGGUGACAGUUGGAAGAAAGAUCCGGGACACGCAACUCGAGAGAGAGAGAGAAGGGCCCUGAGCUGACAAUGUGGCCCUAAUCUGAAUGACAAGGUCUGCACAUCAGUCUCUCAAACCAGCCUGGGUUGUGUGUGUGUAUGUGUGUGUGUGUGAGUGGGUGGGUGGGUGAGAGGAAGGAGGAGGGAGAGACUAAGAGGAAUAAGAAGAGACAGAGUGGGGGAGGAGAGAGUGAGGGCGAGUAAGGGUGUCCUUCCUUCAAACAUGCUGGCCUUAAUGGCAGGGACAGCUCUGACAUUUAACCACUGAAUCAUUUUUAGAUAAGUGAAUGUGGGGGGAAGCUGUGACUUGUAAAAUUUCAGGAGGCGUUUUCUGGCUAAAUAUAAAUAAAAAACAAAAAAAAAAAAAAACAGAAGCGAACAACUUUUGGAAAUAGGAAAAUGGCCGUCUGAGUGAUGAGUGACAGCUUAAAUCCUUAGAGAAGUAAACUCGUCACAUUAAGCAGUGGUAAAUUGUAGUGCAAUCUGCGCACAUUAACUGACAGCACUCCCUCCUUUUCUUACAUUUUUUUUUUUUUUGUGUGUCUUGAGCAACAAUGUAACCGACAGUUGGUUCAAUAGAAAACCACAACUGCACCGGGCAUCUCCCAGAAGGGAAUCACUAUGAAAGCGACACAGGACACUGCAGAUAAAGGCGUCAUAAGCUGAGCAGAUUGUGAAUGAAAGGAAGCUAUAAAAAAAAUAAAAAAAACUUGUCGAAAAAAUAAAAACGUCAAAGCCGUUAACAGAAGCGAACUGGCAGAACGAGUUUAGGUAACAGAUACUGUCAAAGUUUCACAAUUAGCGCUGCGGAUGCUGUCAAAGAAGUCAUGUAACUCCAGACAGACGAAUCAUACAGGAGCUGAUUGAGUUACGCCAAAAUAACAAAAGACGCAUCUGUAGUUGAUAUUACAGUAGCGUGUGAAUGUGCCGUUCUUUUAUGUUGGGGGGUUUUCUCUCAGUGACCGAGGUUAAAGUUGGAGAAGACAGACUGGUAUCACUUUGGUGCUUGAUCGCUAUUUUUCCUCCACGCUUUCAUCACACCGUUCAUUUACAGUUUGUCUAGGAGUUUAUUACUGUCACUCCAUGAAAAUAAUUUUAAGCUUGGAAAAACAGAAAAAAGUUGGACUAUGACUGGCUGGAAAAUGAUAAAAGUCAAAAACUCGAAAAACAAACUUUUAAAAAUUUAAUUUCCUGCAUUACUGUCCGGCUCCAAGCUAAAUCAAAAACAACACAUCAAUGAUUUUACAUGAACAUGCCACUGUUUAGAAAUUUAGAGGAAAUACUUAACUUAAUAAUGAUCUAUAAAUCACCUUUUCAGUCAGCUAUUUGAACAAAUUUAUUCAAGAUCUGUCAGAAUACAGAAGUACUCUUUUUUUUUAAGAUGUUUGUGAGACUUCUGCAGAGCCGCAAAGCAGAAAAACCCGAACUGCCAAAAAAAUCCCAGCCCCUUUUGAAAUCUUUCUGUAAUAACUGGGCUGAAGGCCUUUCAUUAUUUUGUAAGAAAUGUCUCUUUCUUGGUUAUUAUCACAAGAAAGAUGUCUGCUUCAUGUCAAAGUAAUAAUAUUUUAUGACACUGAAGUUAUAAACAAAAUUUGGCUGCGAGUUUGUAAUCACUGUUGGGUUUUCUUCACACGUAAGUGAAAACCAGUUUAUGUCUCUCUCUCUUUCUUUCUGUGUGUGCAUCUCUCUCUCUCUCUCUCUCUCUCUCUCUCACUCAGGAGGGGGAGGAAAUUCCUGGCGAGGGUGCCUGGAGUUGUUGCUCUCUGCCUGCAGGUACAGACCGGCCUCCUCUGUCUGCCUGUCUGCAGAUAUCAUACCGCGACGUGAUCUGUUUAGCUGCCUGACUUAAUGCUCACCUGCUCACGCGCCUCUGGCUCUGUGUGUAUACGUGUGUGUCUGUGUGUGUGCGUUUGAGUGUGUGUUGAGUCCUCCGUCUCCCUCACAGCUGGAAUGGCGUCUCCCUCUUCAUCUGCUGGCCUGCGAUUAAAGAAACACACACAGAGACACACACACAGGAUGAAAGAUUGACUUUUGCUACGCUGACAAAACACAAAUUUAACAACUGAAUAUUCCUACGAUUAAUAUGUUAUCUGCUAGAAAUAAAGACACAGCAUCGCACAAAUACACAUAAAGACUAAGAGGCCAUAUCUAUAGAUAACAUGAAAUGGUGUUGGAUGGUACGAGAUGGUCUAUAUUGUUCUUCAUUUCAUCCCCAGGUUGUCACAGCAUUGACAGAUGCAGGCUGACAUGUUCGACCACGCUCGCAAAACAUACACACGGACACACUUGAGUAGGGGUCUGAAGUCCAGCUGGAGGUGGUCUCUUGCCAAACCUGCAGGCAGGCUGACUGUAUUCAUAUUCAUCACACACACGCUGAUUGAACCUGACAGCGCGCACACACACACACACACUAACACACACACAUGGACACACACAGCUGGGAAAGAAAAAAAUCUACUGGUGGGUGAAUCAAUAUUUCAAGGGCAGCCUGCCAUACUAAAAAUUUUAUAACAAGCAACUAUUUUACCCCCUCUGAUGCAUUAUUCAGUUUUUUUUUCCUUCUAGUUUAUCAACCAUUCCUGCACUGUAAAUAAAAAAAAAAGGAAAAACAAGCAGCCAUUGAGAAAAGAGAAACAAAGGUGGAUAAGAAGGAGCGAGAGAGAGAUGGCCACCACUGGAUGUAAACUAGAAGCAGUGAGUAAUGUCAUGAGAGAGGAGCGGACUGGGGUGGAAAGAGUGAGGAGAGAAUAAUAGCCAAUAGGCAGAGAGAGUGACAAGAGUGAGAGGGAUGGAGCAGGAGUGCUUCUCUCCUCGCAUAGACGCGCACACACACACACACACACACACACACAGAAAGUAGAGAGAGAGGACUCCGCAGGGUGCCAAAUAAUAACCUUCCUUGUCAUUAUCAUCGCCCCGCCAAACCUCGCUCUCCACUCCAACUCCUCCUCCACCUCCUUCCGUCUCCAACACAAUCAUUGCCCUAUCGUUUACAGUGUGCUGCUAAAUGGGAACAUCAAUAGACACAUCCAUUAGCAGCGCGAGUCCUUUCCUCUCUGAUUCUCAAGUGCUUUAAUAGCCGCCAUACACACACACACACACACACACACACAGAAAGACACAUACUCUCUCAAACACGGGUGCAGCAUCUCGGCCGGCUGUUAACCAAGCUUGCCCCGCGCAGGCAAAGCCAAACUGAUGGAGUGUAUCAUUACAGCUGGUUAGUAACAUGGUGGCUGUGAGGGAGGUGCCGUCAGUUAAAGCGGAGCUGGAAACCAGGAGGGUGGGGCAGCUCUCUGGUUGGAGUCGCUCUCAGAUAUGCAGAAGUCCUUGAAUUUCUGCUUUCCUUUUUUUUUUUUCACUUUUUUUUACCCACAUCCACCCUGAUACGAUACAGUAUUUUAGUUUCGCUCUGUUCUCGUCAAGAUGAAUAUUUUAGCGCACAUGCCACUGCUUUCCAUGUUUGAGCCUUGAUGAGCGAAACCAGAGAUUUUUUAGAAAUGGUUUCCCAUCAAUGUGACUUUCUCUUUGAAAGGCCCCUCUGAGGGAAAAAAUCCUCCGGGCAUGUAAGGUGAUUUUAUCUUUUAAGUGUAAAUAUAAAAGUUAAAACUACUUACAAAGUAGUCACAAAGCUCUGAUACAUUUAUUAAUGUCUGAAAGUAAAAUGUAGACCUUUACACCAUCUCUAAAAUACAUAAAUACUGUUUUACACUUGUGUUACCUUAUCAUGUGACCUACUUGACAUAUUAAUGCAUAAAUUAUUUGAAGUGUUUAUAGUAAAUUUUAUUCAAAAUCGUUCAAGGAGGUGCAUUUAAGGAUAAACUGCCCACUUCAGUGUAAUUUGCCAAGGCCAAAAAAACUUCAUCAACACACAGAGGGCAAUCUUAUUUAGAACAACUUUAAUUCCUUGUUAGCCUCAGUCUGAACUUGAGUCCCUUUAACUGCAGAUAAAAAUUAAUAAGAGCACUUUUUUGAUAGUUUAAUGAAAGUCAAAAUCAACCUCGACAGGAGGCAGCCAAAACAGGAGCUGAAUGAGAAAAAGAUAAGCGGGGACGAGGAGGGCGAAUGCAGCGAGGGAGAGAGAGUGGGAGGGAAGGGCUCCCCACAAUCCCACAAUGCCGCCUCACAUGCUAUAAUUUCAGCAUGCGUGUUUUUCUUUUCCUUUUUUUUUUUAAGAUGGAGGGCGAAGCAGGAUGCUGGGAAGCUUGGGAGGGGCGCAAGGAGGGGGUUUUGGGGGUUUGCGGUGCGGCUGUAAAAGUUGACUAUUGGAGAUUGGUUUCUGGAUGGACGGAAAUAGCAAAAAGACGAAGUGGGCGCACACACACACACACACACACACACACACACACACACACACACACACACACACACACACACACACACACACACACACACACACACACACACACACACACACACACUUUCAAACUACAAAUAUCAACUUGUCCUUGAAUAAAAAAUGCUGGAGAAGAUAUUUAAAAGCAAAACUUCAUCAUUUUGCCUACUUUACAAGACUACUAUGUAAUAAAUAAUUUAAAUCUCUAUAAGCAGUUAACUUGGUGAAUUUCAAAAUAAAAGUGGUCGACAUAUAUUUUGAAAACUCACAAGAAAAAAAUCUGAACAUAAUGAGUUCGUCUCCUCACAUUUACAGCAUUAUCAUCCCCCUGAUUCAGUGGUCUCUGAUUCUUACCGUCACAGGCCGUGGUGUGUGCGUGUGUUAGUCAGUCUGGUGGUAGACCGCAGACAGACUCUAGGUGCCGGUCUGUGCGCGUGAGUGUGCGUACGUGCCUCCUUCAUGUCUGGACCUGGGCAGAAAAAAACAGAAGAAGAAAGGAAAGGAUAAAUUCAGGUGAUGUUUGAUAAACCCCUGUUAUAAAACACACACACGCAAACACACAUUCACACACACACGGGGGGUGAUGUACAGCAUUAGCUGUAAUAGUUCUGCUUUUUUUCUCGAGUACUCACACAUGAUUGUAUACGUACAACAAGUUCACCCACAACCGAGUUGUUAUAAUCACACUGGGUGGUCUUAAGAAAUAAUAACAAGGCGCCACAAUGUGUAUGCAUUAACACAUGAUUCAUCUUUAGGGGGAAUAGUUAGGUUGCAGUGGAUUAUGGGAAAAAAAAAACAGACGGCUGAAGAACAAGAGCCAAACUAACACAAACCUCUUUGCAAUUUGUAAAUCAGAUCCACAAUGACUGUGCGUCUCCUCUAAUAAACCCAAAUGUCCUUUAUGUGCUUUUAUGUGGUGCCUAAACACGAUGAGGAGCUGAGGGAUAAUGACUGCACUGACUUUAAUGUAUUAUAUAGAGUCGACUGUGUGACAUACAGUAUGCACAGCAUGGUGAGAGCAAGAGUGGUGUAUGCUGAGACAGGAUGGAUUAUUAAAGGUAGUUUAUCUGUAAAAAAAAAAAAUAUAUAUAUAUAUAUAAUAACAGCCUGGAAAUAAAGUGAACCAUGACCAUCUCCAUAAAAAGUCAAUAAAAAGUUUUUGAGCCUUUUUGAACAUAACCCAUACCUUUAUUUAAAGUACUUCUUCUCUGUGAAACGAGAAAUUAAAUAAAGAGUUUUCAGUUUUAGCCCCAGAGAGGUGCCAAAGUUUUUUCUAAAGUCCCUGGCUCUGCACGUUGAUAUUUCAAAAUAAAAGUCCAAAUGGUGUUGUACUAUUGGAAAAAAAAGACACAUUGUCAUUAAGCCUAUUUCUUACCAAGUUAUUCAGUGUAUAGUUCCUCAAUGAAAUAUCCACAAAGUAUGAGCCACACUUUUGAAACUGGAAGUUCAAAUAUAGGAAACGUAGGUGCUUUCCUGCAUCAAGAAUAACUUAUUGUUCAUCGGUUAAAUGUAGAAUAAAGUGAUUUUUCCUUUUUAUGGUCCGGAUUAUUUUUCUGCUCUAAAAAAAGUUAAGAUUCAAACCUUUUAAAAACCCAAGCAAAGGUCAGAAGAUGUUGUAGUAGUUUGAAAUCCCAUCACAGCACUCCAUUACACAGUCAUGGUUGUUCCCAGCGUGCCCUGAUGUUUUUCUUUGAUUCGAGUACCGUUUCGUCUCCCAUUGUGACUAAUAAUGAGUCACACUGUGUACCCUGAAAGCUGUGGGUUCAUUUGUGGUCAAUAAGCACAUUAAAGUUCCUUUGGAAGACAUAUCCAUCAAUAGGUUUUAAACCGCUUUGGCUGUAUUAAUGAUGUUUUCAGCACCCUGCUGUUUGGAGUCCCUCAGAGUCCUUUUCGCCGCUCAGUUUAAAGAACAACUUGGUCUUUGACAAAAAACUCUGGCUACUAGACAUGGCAGGUACAAGAUUAAUUUGCUUAAAGAUACCAAGAGGUUUAAGUGCUGUGUGUAAUAAUCAGGUCCAUUUUGAUUAUAUAAAUGAAUGGAGCUUUAGAUCUGUAUCUAAAAUCUGCUGUUUAUUAUGCUAAGAAACAAUUCUAAUGCUCAAAUCGAGCAGUUUUUGUCCUUCAUAUCAUAAAUUGAAUCUCAUGUAUAAUUAAAAGCCGUCUAGACAACAGCUCAAGUGUGAGUCCCAACCAAAAAUGGCACAACCCCUGUGAUAAAUUAGCCAAAAAAUUCCUCGAGAAUUAAACGUACUGAGGUAAAAAAACUGGUUCAAAAGAAAACUCUCACAAAAAGAGGAAAAAUUCAGUCUAAAAGGUUGCAGAAAGGUGGCUUUUUAAAAUAGUCUUGCUAGUGAAUUAUGGUUCCUCUGAACUCCUCGCAGCCGGAUCUACAUUCACAGAGAAGGAACAAUGAUUGACCUUGGCCAGAUGAAAAAUUGCCUCAAUUGUUCAUACUCCACUUUGAUGUUAAAUACAGUGAAACGAGCCGCACAGGAAAGCUGCUUGCCACAGCCGAAGGAGAAAUUAAACCUUUUAUACCUCCUAAGAACUGCCCCCCUCAUAUUUUUUCUUAAGUUCCUCCUCGCUUCAAUUGCCUGCCAGAAUAUACAUGCAAUUUACUCUUUCCGUCUUUCAAAGCUAAUGUAUCCUACUGUUACUGCUCUUUUCUAUGGCAUGUUCCUCUCUGCAAUCCCUAUGUUUUCUUAACCACCUCCUCCUCUAUUAUUUAUUUCUCCCCCACCUCUCACCCCUCCCUCCCUCUCUCUCCCUCUCUCUCUCUCUGCCCCAGUAAGCAGACUUGUCGGGAUCAGGGAGGGCAACUUCGUCAUUAAGGUCCCGGCACGAAGUCACCAAUUUACACUCUCAUUAACAGAUCCAUGUGCUGCUCAGUACAUCAAAAAGAAUGAGAAAGAAACCCAGGACCACCCACGUGUUUAGCCCCCCUCCAAACAGAACACAACAAUAAAAUCUGUGUUCUCUCUGCUGGCUAAAUGAGCCGAUUCACGCGAACGGAAAAAAAAAAAAAA